UGACAUUGUCGUAGGUAUAAAAAUCGUGCACAUCAGUUUUUCGGUAUAUCUGUUUUGUGUAAUAGAUAAAGUCCCAAAUAAUUCAUAAAAUAUUUAUAAGUUACUGAAACGUGAUAUGAAAAUACCAAAAUUAAAGUGAAAACAAAAUGGAAGUAAAAUUUGGUCCCAAUUCCGUCGAUGAACCGAAUUUACUAUACAAACUCCAAAGAAAACUUAAAGUUUUCAACACAUCAAACACUUUGCCCAACCGUGGAUACAAUCUGGUCACUAGUUGUAGCAAAUAUGGUUUAGUGUUUGUUGCAUCACCAGUUGGAACUCUAGCUGCAUACUACCUAAAUCAGCUAAUUGACAAGGAAUCUGAAGCUCCACAUUUAAUUGUUAAAUUGCAAGAGAAACCAACUUACGUUGCAAUAAAUUGUGAUCAAGAGCUUUUAGGAGUCACAGGAGGACAGUUUCUAGCCAUUUACAAAGUGACUGACUUUCAAAAUCAGAAUGUGUCACCAUCAAUGGGAUUAAAGUUGGAGUCGAAUCCUACAACAUUUGUUUCCUCACUGCAAUGGAAUCCAUGCAUUCCCGAUUCUAUAGCUAUUGCUUUCUAUGAUGGGACUUUACUGGCUUGCCAAGUUAGCACAAAUCAAGUAAAAAAGAUUCAAUCUAAAUGCAGAUGUCUCUGUUGGAGCCCAAAAGGCAAACAGUUUGUCACAGGAAACAGUGACGGAAGCCUCACUCAAUACAAACCAGAUCUGACACCAGUGAAAACAGUGCCCGUCCCCAACUUGUUUGAGAAUGCACCUGUGGAGGCUAUGGCUAUUUACUGGAUAUCAACCUAUCAAUUUGCUGUUGUCUUUAAAAAUGCUUCAGAUAACAGUCGCCCAGCUGUCACUAUAUUAAAUACUCCAAAGGCUGGUCAGCCAUCUUGUUUGAACUAUGAAGAUAUUUGCUACAGCAUAGGUUCAAAUAGACCAUGGUAUUACUAUCUUCAAGGAUUAGCUCCAUGGAAUAUUAUUCUUGCAUCAUCAUCAAACAGUAUGGAAAUGGCUACUUUAGGAUCAGCAGAUGGCGCAAAUUGGAUGCAAUGGUGUCAGACUGAUGAAUCUAGACCAGAACUUCCCCUAACAGAUAAAAAACAAGAGAACUAUCCAGUUGGAAUAUGCAUUGAUACAUGUGCAAUUCAUCAGUUACCAUGGGGGGAAAAUGAGACUUUACCCCCAAUGCCGAUUCUGCUUCUCGUAUCGCAGACUGGCUUACUCACUAUAUUUAAUAUCAUCAACCUGAACAAGCAAGCAGCUCAGAUUUGCUCGCCACCACAACAGCUAACCUUACCAAUGGCAGUGAUGACCACAGACAUUCCGGAUGAUGUUCCACCUACUGUAACACAACAAGUUGUGCCUCCACAAGUUGUAUUUCAAGCUGCUACUCCACAAGUUAUACAGCCUCCAGCAGCUAUAAAAACCUCUGCUCCAACUCAACCUUUUCAAAUGGCACCUCAGAUUCCUCAGCCAGUGCAAAACUCUGCAUCUCAAUUCGGUGCAGCAUCUGCAGUAGCCAGCAAGCCGAUGAACUUGCAACCACAAAUAACACAAGUAAUCACCCCACAAGUUGAACAGAAGCAGCCAGUAGAUGUCAAACCAACACCACAGGUCCAGCCUCAACUUACAAUUCCCAAUGUUCCAAAGCCGACGAUUCAAUCGGAAACAGCGCAGCCGACACCGCAAAUGCAAGAAGCUUACGCCGCCAUGAAGGCUGAACAGGAUCGCAUCAAAACAGCUAAAGCCAACCAGGAACUUAAGAAUAUGCUCAUCAAGGAAGUGAACGACUUUCAAAUGGAACUCUAUAAGUUUAUGGUCAAGACUAAACAGACACAGACUAAGAUCCAACAAGACAUAGAAGCUCUCAAUACGAAUCUAAGCCUGCCAGUAGCGGACGCCGAACAGUUAAAGAAGGAUUGCUCGUUGGAAGAUUUGAGAGGCGCUAUCAUACAACUCAAGUUGGAAUUAGUAAGGAUGUGUGCAGUCGUUGCAGAAGCGAGAACACAUGCAGAAGCCAAGGAUUUACAGCAAUGGACUCAAGCCGACCCGCUUACUACAAAACGUGUAACAUCCGUGAAGAAACUCAUAUACUACGUUCAGAAUCAAGUAGAACAAGCACAAAAGGCGUUGGAACACAAGUGGAACGAACACGCAAUUAAAGAUCCGAAGUCUUUCAAGCCCGGCCAGUACAUGACCCGCCCUAUACUGGACGAUGUAUACCAACCGCUAGUGAAGCAACAAGAGAUCUUAUCGAGGCAACAGGCUGUACUGAGGUCUCUCAAGAACACACUAAAGGAAGUCGAUUCGGUGCCCACGUUCAAAUCCACAUCGUUGUUGAGGAGCACGCCCUUCAAAAAUAAGGACCCCCUAUCGAAGCUCACGAAAAACAUUCUGAACAUGAGCAUCGAACCACAGACCAAAACCAAACAGCCUUUACUGAGUGCUCAAAAGUUAGACGCGCUCAGGGACAUGCUAUCCAAUCACAAAACUGUGAAAGUGAAGCCUGUUAAUGUGGAACUGAGGGAACAGCUUGCAUCGAUGAGACUGAAUUACGAAAAGAGUUUGAAGGAGAGAACUGCCCAAGAGGCAGCUCCACAAGUCAAAGUUGAACUGAAAUUAUUCACGCAAGAGAUUAAAGCACCACAUGUUCAGGCAGCUCCACCAGUCGCUCCACCUGCUCCAGUGGUAAAGUUUGAACCAAAGCCAGAUAUCAUCAAACAAACACCAAUAAAUGUGCCUUCAUUCACUCCUAUGGCCAGCAGUAUCAAACCAACAGUGCCUGGUCUAAAUAAUGUCGCCAGAACCCUGUUUACUGAUGAACCGAAGCAGGAACCGGUGAAAGUAGAAAUUCAACCGAAACCACCUCAAGCAGUUAGUUUAUUGGCUCCCAAACAGCAACUUGGGACCUAUCAACCACCAACUUCACAACAACCUCAGCCGUUUGCCAUCUCUACUACAGUUGCAUCUUCUACGAACACAAGAAGUGUUCUCAAAGUAUUGUUGCAAAACAAACAAGCCAAUGCAAACGCCGAACCGAACGCCGUCGCUUCAGCUAAAAAUGAUGCGAACACAUUCAUGGGUCAAAAGAUUUGUUCGCCUUCUGCUUUCUCAUUUGCAGCAUCAACACCUGCCACAACCGCUUCUUUUACUGCAAAACCGAUAUCUGAUAUAAAUAAUAUGUUUAGUAAAUUCCAAUCUACGUCUUUCACUUCGGAAUCUAAACAAGCAAUCAACAUAAGCCAAAAGUCGUCCGAAACAGGGGAACCUGAUGUGUCUAUUAUAAAUAAGGUAGAACCUAAAAGCGGACCAAUACCCGUCUCCAAUACAUUUAGUGCCGAAACUUUUAUGCCACUGACAACAAAUAAAGAAACUACGGACACAAAAGAAGUGUCCAAAACUGAAACUAAGGCAGCAGUGAAAGUGGUUUUGAAAGCUCCUGAAAAAUCCAAAGAGAAUGUACCAGAAAACUCUAAUGAAAAUAUCCCACAAGAACCAACGAAUCUUCCUGUAGAAAGUAAAGAGGCUGAAACAAAACCAAUUAUUACACAAAGUAGUAUUAACUUGUCUAAUGUUUUUAGUAAUGCUACGCCAUCUGUUUUUGCUUCUGCAAAUGCAACUGUUACUAGUGAAUCUCAAAAACUGGCUGAAGUAAAAAAUAAUGUUGAGGUCGAAGCUCCUGUAAAAACUCCCGAAAAGACCGAUAUAAAUGAAACUAAUGCUCCUCAAUCUGUUUUUGCUCCCGCAUUGGUUUCUACGUCAGUGGAAAGUUCGUCUAGUCCACAAUCAGCACCGACGUCAACUACGUCUAUAUUUGGUACUGCACAACCAAAACCAUCAAACACACCUACUGAUACUUCGAAUCCAUCUAUAUUCGGGACUGGCACAGUGUCAUCCGCAUCGUCCAUUUUCUCAGCCGCAGUAGCUUCACAACCUAAAACUACCACCCAAUCGGGUUCCAUAUUCAGUACAUCAACUUCACCGACAGCUGCAAGCAUCUUUGGAUCAAGUGCUAUGGGAUCUAUUUUUGGCACCACUACCACUACAACUUCCAGUUCAUUGUUCAGUACUACUACUGCUUCAGUUUUUAGUAGUGAAGCGAAACCCUCAGUAUUUAGUACUACUCCAACUACAACGACAACUGUUUUCGGAGCGACGUCUCAACCUGCUCUUGCAUCUUCAGCAACAUCUGUGUUUUCAAGUGCUUCUACACAACCUUCCAUUUUCGCUUCGGCAGCAACGGGUUCUAUAUUUGGUUCAGCCACUACUCAAUCUUCGGUAUUUGGCACAUCUACCGCCACUACGAAUACUUUUGGCACUACAUCACAAACUUCCGUAUUCGGGUCUGCUGCAACAACAACAACUGCUGCUUCCAGUGUUUUCGGUACUGCGACUACCCAAGCUUCGGUAUUUGGCAGUCCAACUACUACAACGCAAAGUGUAUUCGGCACAGCCACAGUUACUACUCAGGCUUCUCUCUUUGGGACUCCAACGAGUCAACCUUCCGUUUUUGGUGCACCUACGUCUUCAAACCAAGGAUCUAUAUUUGGAUCGCCUUCCACUCAAACCUCGGUGUUCGGAACACCGCCUCAGUCCACUGAAACUUCCGUAUUUGGAACCCCAACGCAAACAACACAAGCGUCUGUAUUCGGAACCCCGACGCAGACAACACAAGCUUCUGUAUUCGGAACCCCAACGCAAACAACUCAAUCGUCUGUAUUCGGAACCCUAACGCAAACUACUCAAGCUUCUGUAUUCGGAACUCCAACGCAAACUACUCAAUCAUCAGUGUUCGGAACACCCCCAGCUACAACUGCGCAAAGUGGUUCGCUGUUUGGAGGCGCUGAAAGCAAUCUGUUUGCUGCUGCGAGUAUUUCAACCACCAGUGCGCCGUCUCAAAGUAGUGGAGGAAGCAUUUUUGGCAGCUCACCGGGAUCGGUAUUUGGCAAUGCCAGUGGUGGAAACACGAACGUUUUCGGUGGUAAAUCUACAUUCGGCCAGGCGAAUCCUUCAGCCGCCUCUAUAUUUGGCGGUGGCGCGGCUUUCGGUCAGAAACCUGCCACCAGCUUUUGGUCAGGUGGUAACACUGGUACUGGGACUACGGGAUUCGGAUCCGGAUUUGGCCAGCAGCCGUCAACGCAAGCUUCGUCGAUUUUCGGUGGAACAUCGGGAGGUAGUUUUAGCACGCCCUCUCCUGCAGCACAGCCGUUUGGAAGUCCCCAACAAACUGCAUUCAGUGGAGAGAAUAAACCCUCUGUCUUUGGAUCACCGCAGCAACAAACUGCGCCUGCUUUCGGAGGGUCUCCCGUAUUUGGAUCUAAACCUGUAUUUGGACAACCAUCUGGUUUCGGAUCACCACCGGCCAGUGGAUUCGGCUCUUUCGGUGGAUUCAAUAAGAGUCCCACCGGUUUCGGUGCCCCCGCUAGCUUUGGGGGUGGUGCUUCAUUCGGCGGUACACCGGCUUUCGGCAACACUUCACCUAGCACAAUGUUUGGAGGCACUUCCUCGGGAUUUGGACCACCGACACAGUCAAAUGCGACAUUUGAAAAUUUAGCUACUCAAAACACGCUGACGUUUGGUAACUUGGCUCAACAAUCUGGCCAGCAACCACAAGCUGCACCUAGCUUCAAUACGUCUCCAUCAUUCACUGGGUGGCGAGGCUGAUGACAGCAUUUCAAGGAGCGAGCGGCAAGGAUGAAACAGAACCAUUGAACAGACAAUAAAUAGUUUAAAAGUGACAUUCUGUGUUAAAUUGGUGAACUGUUUAAUGCAAUUUUUAUCCUACUUAUAUGCAUGUCUUGACUGGUCUAACGGUCUCUGGGAGGUUGUUUUUAUUUAUGCUUAAACUUAAUGCUGUCAUGUCACUACCAUUUCAAUAGCAAUAGUACCUACAUGGUAGUCUAAGUCCUGCCGUAAGAGUUAACAAUUGUUUUUUAUGUAAUCCUUGGUUGGCCUUGGCUACUAAACAGAUAACCCUUUAGUGAACUUUAUUUUAAUGUAAUGUGUUACUAUUGGUGGUCUUUUCGCUUAAAACGAUUUCUUCUAGACAACUGUACAUGCUAUGUUUGCUAUAAAUGAAUAUGAUAAACAAUUGUAAUGUAAACAUAUUUACAUACUAUAUGUACUCAUGACCAUAGAUAUUGUAUAUUCAAAUUUAGAGCUUAACACCCUAAAGGGAACAUAAUCUUAUCAUAGGGGUGCUAAAGUUCUUUGAAUAAGUAGAUUAACCGUGGAUUCAUUACUGCUAAGUAUCAUAAUGAGAAAUUUACAGAAUUUAUAGUAACAGUAUUAACCAUUACUUACUACCAUUACAUUAGGCCAUACUUUAUCGGCGCGUUAGUUUUGUUAUCGUUCCAAGGCUAGACCACCGAUACCGGCAUAAGGCUGCAAGUAAAGGUAAUGAUUAUGAUAUUGAAAAACGAAGCAAUAUACAGCCAGUAUUAGAUUAGAUAAAGCAACUAAAUCCAAAAUUAAAUCAUAUCUAUUGUGUAUGCAUGCAAAUUAGUAAUAAAGUAGAGGAGCAGGUCCUAUUGAUUAUUUCAGAAACAUCAAUCUGAUGCUGACUGGCAAUACAUACAAGUACAUAGACAAACAAAUUGAAACAAGGGUUUCCAUUAAGCAUUGCAAGCAGCUAUUCAAGUUUCAAAGUAAGACUUUUUAAGAGAAUGUUAUUAUUAAAUGAUGUAUAAUUGCAGGACUAAUAAAACAAUGUAUAAAAAGAAUCAAUUACAUUUUAUUGUUUUAUCCCUAUAAAUAUACCAUAAUAUUUACGAAUUUCGUAUACCUAGUUAAAAAAAAAAACAGAGAAACAAUACACAAUAGAAAAAUAAAUCUUAAUUUGAAAUAUAAAAUGUAAAUUUUAUGUGAGUCUACCAAAAUAUUUGGCCCUGUAACAAACAUCUCUCAAUUGUGGCCAUUGAACAAUAAAAAUAUCUGCAAUAUAUUGGAGUAUCUUCCCACUUAAAGAUAAGGUUCUUAUUCUACAGAUACUCUCAAUAAAAACUAUUCUACAAUCUAUGAUAAAAAGACAUCUGAGGACAAAUGCAACUACACAAAUUGGUAUACAUGUACCAGGACCAUUACAAAAAAUUACAUUUGGCUUAAAAUUAAAAACAAUUGGAACACAAAACAUUGUGGCAUAAACUGUACUGAAAACAGAUGACAAAUAUGACUGGGAUACAUUUCUGCUACGUGGUAUUCGGUUAAAUGCAUAAUCUGUGUGCCUGUCUUCAACUUCAUCUAUUUUAACUUUGCUACUGAUAUCAUUUUCUGCAAGAAUAUAAAGACGGUGGCAAUAUUUGUCAAAGUUUAAAUUCUUCACAAGUCUCAUAAGUUCCAUCGUGUGUCCUCCAGAACCAAUACAUAAAAUAGUCUUCAAUGACUUUUCGCAUGUCAACCUGCAGUCUGAAGUAUGGAUCUUAAAAAUCAAGUAUAUGGCUCUUAAAAGAAUGAAAAGUACAGGAGAAAAUAACAGACACGGAAUUAUAGAUAUGCAUGUAUCCAUAGUGCUCGUUGCCGCUCGUCCUAUCAUAUCAACAAUAUAUCACGAUUUCCAAUUUUCCCCAAAUGUCGAACUAAUGUUAAAGAUUAAAGACAUAAAUAAAUUUUAAAUAAAAUUCUAGAAGCGGUAUAUUUUUCACAUCGUCCCUGAAUUCCGAGUAGAUGAAUAUUUUUCUGUCUCCCAACAAGCAAACCUAUUCUCAGGUUAGAUUAGGUUAAGUUAUUUUUGUUAAUAGCAGUAAGAAAGCACAAUCUAUGACACAGUAGUAUAUUAUAUACUAAAAUUGACGGAUUGAUAGGAAAAGUUAGAAAAUGUUUUGUGUGCGUUUAUUUAUUCCCAAACCCUAUUCCAAAAAAACACGAAUGUAAAUAAAUAGGAUAAUCUGUCAUAACCGGCACUCAAUUAAUAGUAUUUGUUAAUUGUAAACUUGACAAUAGUCUUUCCUUUUCACUCCAUAAAUUGUAUGAUAAAGACAACUAGCUGUCAAAAUGACAAAUAACAAAUACGAAUAAAUAACCAUGUUGUCAGCACUUCAAAUGGCUUUGGCUAUUCGUAAUGGCCGUUUGUACUUUUUUUUUUCCUAAAUGGCUUCGCACGGCUUGUGCAUUUAGCCAAUGUCAACUUAAAAUAUUUACAAAUACUAUAGCACUCGUGGUCAAAGUAAUAAAUCAAGUCAAAGUAAGUGGCAGUCAAGUCAAUUCCUCUUCCCUAUGUUUCAGUAAAAGUGUGGGGAUUUACUGGAACCUCCCCGUGGACUUCUUGAGGAAACGUCGAAAGACAUUUUCCGCUAUUUUGUUUCACUUGCCAACACUUGUGCAUGUUCCCGAACACUUAGUGGUUAAUAAUCCACCAUUAUUAGACACUAACAUCC